AUGUCCGGCCUCUCGCCCACGAAGCGCGUAACAUCCUCAUCAGUCCGCCCUCUUCCAGCGACCGCUCCCCGCCCCCAGCCCACCGCGCCACGCAUGUUUACGAGCGCAAACACAUCCCCUCGUUCAGUUGGACGGACACCCCGCGCGUCCCUCGCAGCAGUCUCCGCCCCUCAUUCCGUUCAGCACAACAACAACAACCCCUCCGAGCGUCUGUCAACACUCGCAACUCCCGCCGCCCAGCUUGCGCAUUCGUCCCGCCGCGCACCGUUGACGCCUGCUACGACCUCGGCCGUGACGCGGAAUGCGCAGCUCGUCAGGACUCCGGCGACUAUUCGGGCGCAGGCGAGGUUGGCGAGAGGAGGAGCGUCGGGGUGGAGGGCGAGUCUGACGCAUGGUGGAGCGGACGAGGCGAGGAGGCAGUUGGAGGCGAGGAGAGGGUUGGUGCAGGAGUCGGCGGUUGAUGCGCUCGAGAGGUUGUUGAUGGUUGGGAGGGACGGAGUGGGUGAGGAUAACGGCGACUGGACGAUGGGCGAGGAUGAUGAGCGGCUGUAUGAAGCCUUCGAAGCCAUGAAGAAGGCGCAUCUCUCGUCAAGCGUCUUCCUCGACACCUCGGCCCUCGCCAGCGCAUUCCCCAACGAAGUCGUCGACAGCACUUCGCCGCUCAACUCGCUCGCUCGGCUAUCGAACUUCACGACCUUCCUCCACCUCGUUCUCUCGUCGCGACCGGACCCUGCGACGGGAGUCGCUAACCGUGCGGGAACUACUAGUCUCAAGCAGGCGACGGAGGCGCUGCUGCGGCAUGUCAAGCCGUUGGAGGAACCGGUGGACGACAAGGCGUUGGAGCUGCUGAUCGACCUCAAGACGCAGACCUUCAUUGCCACAGCGUCGCUCUCGCGCACCCCGAUCGACCCGAAACCGUUCUUCUCAUCGCCGCUCGCUUCACACCUCCCGCCCUCCAGCUCCAUCGCCAUGACCGACCGCGCCGCAACCAUCAAAUUUCAGGCGGCGCAAUCGAAGCGUGUUCAGCUCAUCCUCGACACCGGAAGCGAUUGGGCGGCGCUCAGGACGUUGUAUAGGUGGGAAGAGACUGCCCGCCAUGCGCGAGACUGGGUUGAGGAGAUGCUCGGGAGGAGUGGGCUUAGUGGUGUGGCGGAACGGAGUCUCGGCAGUGGUGGAGCGACGAGCGAAGGCGGACACGUCGAGGAGGACAUGCUGUCUGCGGACGAGACCGGCGGAGCUGGGUUAGACGACGAGAAUCGCGGCGGACUGGCGAACAGUUCGGCUCAGGCUGAAGGCACUCCGGACGAUGAGCGGGUGGACGAGACCGAGAGCGAGGAGCCGGAGCAGGCGUACGAUACCGCUUCAGAGGAUGAGGAUGGCGAGGAGGACCAGCUCGCAAGCGCUUCCGCUUCGGCUGAUGGAGAUCAGCAGGACGCCGCCGAACUCGAGCAGGACGACGAAGACUUCGAUGAGCAAGACCAAGACCCGCUUUUCCUCGAGGCUUCGUCUCAAGACGAGAGUGCUCGAGUGGCGCAACAGCUCGGCGUCGGUGCUGUGCGAGAUGUCGCGGAGUCUGUCGCUGCGGCCGUCAGUGCGCAACUCGCCGACCGCGCCGACUCGCUUGUCGACCUCAUGACCCUGCCUGGUGCGACGGAUCCGGAUCUGCAAGGUCCGAAACAGACGAUGGUCGAGGGAGAGACGGUUGCGACUUUCGUUACGGAGGUGUCUGAUCGCGCGGACGAACUCGCCGCCAUGCUCGACACGCAGACGAACGGCCAAGACCUCAGCGAAUCGCUCAUCGACGAAUUCCUCGUGCUUGAUCAGGAAGUCGGUCCUGCUGCCGCGACACCUCGGCCCGCUACGCCGGCAUCGUCCAUCCUCGCCGAGCAGCAACAAGCAUCGCCGACUCCACGUCCGGCAAAGGAGCGCCCGCGGCUGCUCCAACCCGCCGCUGAGCCCAGUCGCCUGCGAUUCGGUGCCGGCAACGUUCUCGUGAGGACGAACGAGCCUCGGGCGCAACGAUCAUUGCUUGAACGACAAGCGGACGCCGAGAAGAUCGCCUUUGACUCUCAGUCGCAGUCCGCCUCACCUGCUCCGCCGCCGCCCAAGAAGUCGAAGUCGAAGUCAGCUAGCUCGAAGGGCAAGGGGAAGGCAGUCCCAUCUCCGUUGUCGCCAGAAGGCGCUCGCUCGGCUCAGCAGGAUCUUGCCUCGCCCGAGCGAGACGUGCAGCAGUCGCCCUCGCUCGAACAGACGGACGACCUUUCGACACAGCAGCAAUCUGUCGCGGGUCCCUCGGCCUUCUUCCCCGAGAACGACUUUUUCGAGAACGAGUUCGGCGGUGGAGGCAGCGAAUUCGGCGGCGAGGACGCUGGGCUGGAGGGAGGCGAAGGAGGCCUUGACUUCGCCGGCGCAUACAGCGUCGACGGUCGCGGCGAGCGGGACGCUUUCAUCGGAGUUGACGAUGCGACAGGCCGGCGGUCAGCUACCGAUCGCGAAGUUUCGCCCCGAGCAGAUCGCAGUCGGGCCAAGGGCAAACAGCGUGCAACGUACGACGCCGAGGAACCGUCCGCCCAGGCUCGCGUUGCUAUCUUCAAGGCGGCCGGUCGCGCUGCGCCGACUUCCAGGCGAGCCGCGCAAGCCGCACGGCGGGAAGACGGAUCGUCCGACUCCGACUCUACCGAUGAGGAUGUCCGGGAACGGCGGCGAGCUCGUCAUCAGCGGCUGCAAGCGCGACAAGACGACGGGCCCAGCGGUCACAAACGCCGACGCUCGGAGGAGGUCUUCUCCGAUGACGACGCGCCAGCUGCUCGCAAGCAGAAGACGUCGGGUCGGCAUCAACGCUUGUCGUCCUCGCCUCAGCCACCGCCUAAGCCGAGUCAGUCUGGCAAUAUGUACGCCUUUGGGCGAAACGAGCCGGGAGGCAGGAUCCCGUGGACGACCAAGGAGGAGCGGUUGCUGGAGAAGUUGCUUCAGUCGUACGGUUCGCACUGGGCGACGAUGAUGGAGCUGCAUGGACCGAAUGGCACGUCGACGCGCACGUUCCGACACAGGAACAACGUCGCUCUCAAGGACAAGGCGGUCAACAUGAAGGUCAAGAUUCUGCGGGCGGGCGGUACCCCUCCAGAGUGGAUGAGCGUUGUCCACGUUCCGAAAAACAAGCUGCCGAAGACUCUGCCGCAGGGACCGCGUCCGAACGAGACGGACGACGAAUCCUCCGAGUAG